AUGCUUAGCACCAUUCGCCGAUUCGGCGUUCCCAGUGCGCUGCGCGCAUCAGCGCCUCGCUCCAUCUCAGCACGAUACGUUGCUCAGCUCCCAAAAUGGCAGGCUCCUUCAACCCUGUCAUCUAUCUCUGCCAUCAGAUCGCUGCACUCUUCUUCUACUCUGUUCUCUGCUGAAGCUGCUCAGGCUUAUGCCGAGCAGACUGAGUCCAAGCGCAUCACUGAGUUCGCUGAGCUGGCCUCAGAGGGUGUCAUCAACGAAUCUAUCAUUAAGAACAUUGUUCAGCCUGACCGCAUGAACAUCAAGACCAUGACCGAUGUGCAAUCGCUCACUCUCAAUGAGAUUGUCAAGGGCAAAGAUAUUCUCGCUCAGGCCAAGACUGGAACUGGAAAGACCCUGGCAUUCCUUGUCCCUACUCUCCAGAACAUUCUGAAUGAUCCCACAAUCGACCACAAGGCACUGGCCCGUCGUCGCAGAUCCGACCCUACCGAAAUCCGUGCUCUCAUCAUCUCACCUACCCGCGAGCUUGCGGAGCAAAUCGCCGUUGAGGCUAAGAAGGUCGCAUUCGGCACUGGUGUCAUUGUGCAGACUGCCGUUGGUGGUACUGCCAAGCGUGCUGGUCUGCAGAAGAUCCAGCAUGAGGGUUGCCACUUGCUCAUUGGUACCCCCGGACGUCUCAAGGACAUUUUGUCUGACCCUUGGACCGGUGUCUCCGCUCCUAAGCUGAACACUCUGAUCCUUGAUGAGGCUGACCGUCUCCUGGAUCAAGGUUUCUCUGCCGACAUUGAAGAGAUCCAGUCAAUGCUCCCCAAGCCUUCCGAAGUGGAACGCCAGACCCUCAUGUUCUCGGCCACCGUCCCCCGGGAAGUUAUGCAAAUGGUCAACAAGACUCUGAAGCCCGGCUACGAUCAUGUUAACACCGUGCGUGAGGAUGAGGUCCCUACCCACGAGCGUGUCCCCCAGAAGCUUGUAUACAUGCGUGGUCUCGAGAACUCGCUCCCUGCUCUCAUGGAUCUUGCCAAGAGCUGGCAAGCCCGCCGCGAUGCCGGUGAGGAGCUGCGUCCUUUCAAGGCCAUCGCCUACUUCAACUCCACCGCCGAAACCAAGAUCUCCUCCGAUGUGUUCAACAACAUCCGUCGCUCUCGCGAGUUCCGCGCCUCCAACCUCUCCAACCUCUCGUUGCUUGAGAUCAACUCUCGUCUCACCCAGCAGGCUCGUACCCGUAGCGCGGACAACUUCCGCCGCGCUCGCGAGGCUAUCCUGUUCUCUUCUGAUGUCACCGCCCGUGGUAUGGAUUUCCCCGACGUGACCCACGUUGUCCAAAUCGGUGUUCCCCGUGACCGCGAGACCUACAUCCACCGUAUCGGUCGUACCGGUCGUGCUGGCAAGGAAGGUGAAGGCUGGCUGUUCCUGCACCAGGCUGAGCGCGAAUCCCUGCGCAGGCGUCUCCGCAACCUCCCCCUCGGCAUUGACACCACCACCCUCCCCAUCGCUGCCGUCGAUAUCUCCCAGCCUACCCUUGGCGACUCUGAAAUUGGCCAGACCAUCAACCUCUUCAAGCAGGGCUUUGAAGAGGUCGAGACCGGUACCAAGGUCGCAUCUUACAUGGGUCAGCUCGGAACACUUACUGGUAACUUCGACUCCAAGGGCGAUGCCAUUCACGCUCUGAACAACCUACUGGUGCAGGUCAUGGGACUCAGCAGAGUCGAGGGUGUCAGAGUCGGCACUGGCGAGCGAGGCCCCCGUGACGGUCGUAGCUUUGGCGGUCGCGACGGAGGCUUCUCUCGUGGCGGUGACCGUGGUUUCUCCCGUGGUGACCGUGGUGGCUUCUCUCGUGGCAAUGAUCGCGGUGAUCGCGGCGGCUUCGGUGGCUUCGGUGGCUUCUCUCGCGGUGACCGCGGCGACCGUGGCGACCGUGGCGACCGUGGUGGUUUCUCCCGCGGCCCUCGCCGUGCUCUCGGCGAAGGCUUCGGCGAUUCCGGCUUCCGCUUCUAA